UUUAGUUGCUUUUUUACCUUCAACUGAGUCGGUUGUGUUUAAGUUAAGCGAUAAAACCGCUUGUAUAAUGUCGGCCAAACCCAUCCUUUACUACGCGCCACGCAGUCCACCAUGUCGUGCUGUUCUGCUGACGGCCGCCGCUCUGGGUCUGGAGUUGGACUUGCGUACUGUGAACGUAAAAGCCGGUGAGCACAAGUCUGCCGAGUUUCUUAAGUUGAAUGCGCAGCAUACGAUUCCCGUGCUCGAUGAUAAUGGCACUAUCGUCAGCGAUUCCCACAUUAUCUGCAGCUAUUUGGCUGAUAAAUACGCCCCGGAGGGUAAUGACUCUCUGUAUCCUAAGGAUCCGGAGAAGCGUCGCCUUGUGGAUGCCCGUUUGUACUACGAUUGUGGUCAUUUGUUCCCAAGAAUUCGUUUUAUCGUAGAGCCAGUGAUUUACUUCGGAGUUAGAGAAGUUCCAGCUGAUCGAGUAGCUUAUGUCCAGAAGGCCUACGAUGGCUUGGAGCAUUGCCUGGCCGGAGGAGAUUACUUGGCGGGUGACCAACUCACCAUUGCUGAUCUCAGCUGCAUUGCUUCGGUAUCCACGGCAGAGGCUUUUGCUCCCAUUGAGGCUGAUCAGUAUCCUCGCCUGGUGGAGUGGGUCAAGCGGCUGCAGGCUCUUCCUUACUAUCAGAAGAACAACCAGGAGGGUCUGGAGAUGUUGGUGGGCCUGGUCAAGGGACUUUUGGAGGAACGUCAGAAGAAGUAAAUUUGUACUCAGCUUGAGAUUUUUUUAAAAUUUUUAAACUGUGCCUUGCAAAACGGAAAUUGGUUUUUAAUUCCUGGAAAUUUAUGAUUUUUACUUAAAUGUGAAUUAUGAAGAUUAGAUCUUUAAUAUUUCAUUCUCGAUGUAUUUUUAUAGAAAUUCUAAAAGCAUUUAUUAGGUUCGUAGAGCAAAAAUAUAAUUAUUUUGAUGUCCUUUUUAAAUCAUAGAUUAAAGGAAACAAUUUUUUUGCCAGUAAA